ACUGUGCAGCGCUGAGCGCAGACCCCAGCUGGCAUGUCUCCACGCGCGGGAGCCCCCAUCGGCCCGCGGGCCCGGGCGGCUGCCAACUUGGCGGCGGGCUCCGGCAGCCGUGCCAUGGCCAUGUAGUCGCCGGCGGGGCUCCCCGCAGCCCGGGAGCGACAGCGACAGCAAGCCGGACCCAGAAGCCCGCGGCUUUUCCCAGAGGCGCUGAGCGCGCGCCGCGCCCCCGCCGCCCCUCGGGUUGCACUUUGGGCCCGAGAGGGAAAUGGGGGAGAAAGUUUCGGAGGCGCCAGAGCCGGUGCCCCGCGGCUGCAGCAGCUACGGCGCCCGGACUCCCGCCCCUGCGGCGACGGCCGCGUCCUCGCAGGGAGCUUCCUCGGCCGAGUCCUCCUCGGGAUCAGAAACUCUGUCGGAGGAAGGGGAGCCCGGCGGCUUCUCCUGCCAGCCGCCGCCGCCGCCGCCGCCACCGCCGGGCGGCGCCCUGGGCACCCGGCUGCCCGCCGCGUGGGCUCCCACACGCGUGGUGCUGGAGCUUGGAGUGUCCGCGCCGCCGCCGCGCCCCGGAGGAGCCGCGCCGUCUGCUCUCCAGGGCAGCAGCGCGUCCCAGGAGGAGCAGGACGAGGAGCUUGACCACAUACUCUCCCCUCCACCCAUGCCAUGUCGGAAAUGCAGCAACCCAGACCUGGCCUCUGGCCCUGGAAAGUCACUGAAGUUUAAAAGACAGCUGAGCGAGGAUGGACGACAGCUGCGGCGGGGGAGCCUGGGCGGUGCUCUGACGGGGAGGUACCUCCUUCCCAACCCUGUGACGGGGCAGGCCUGGCCAGCCUCUGCGGAGACGUCCAACCUCGUGCGCAUGCGCAGCCAGGCCUUGGGCCAGUCGGCGCCCUCGCUCACCGCCAGCCAGCCUAAAGAAGAAGCUAUUCUUCAAGCCGGAGGACAGUUCACUAUGCAAACUGAAUUCAGGGAUUAA